UAUAUUUGAUCUUUGGAGCUUCCUUACAGUCGGUCGCUGGAUGAAAUUGGAGAUCAAGUUGAAGUAAUUGGCCUUUGGAUAAUUUUUGUCAACACUUUUCAAUGCAAGAUUGUCUUCACUGGCAAUUCAUCCAAGGGGGUUGAGUUUUCUGAUGGCGUACGCAAUUCUCCAUUUUCCCCACGUUUGUAUCCGCGAAUGAGAACGUGAGAGAAGCUCUGAAGACUGAGGUCUGAGCGUGGUGAGAGUGGAAUGGGUUCGAACAAGACAGAUCCGAGAAUCUCUCACAGAAUACAAGCUUUACUUCAGCAUUUUCGAACCUCCGAACCUACCGGCCUCAACAAUUCUUCGUCAAAUCAAUUCAGACCUACCAAGACAGCUUCCGUCUUGAUCUGCCUUUUUGAAGGGGACGAUGGGAAUCUGCGAGUAUUUCUCACUUUGAGGGCUUCUUCUUUGUCAACCCACUCAGGUAUUGUCUUCCCCGCCGUCUUCUGCAAUUCUGACAAUCCAGAAAUUUUGGGGGGUUUUCUCUCCUACGUGUUACCCAAGAGAAGGGCUUUGUGUGUGUGGUUGCAACUCGCAGGUGAGGUUGCGCUGCCCGGUGGGAAGAGAGAAGAAGGCGAUGCUAACGAUGUAGAAACGGCGUUGAGGGAGGCUAAGGAGGAGAUUGGUUUGGACCCUUCUCUUGUUACUGUUAUCACUUCUCUUGAGCCAUUUAGCACGAAGCUCUUUCACUUAUGGGGGCAUAAGCCUAGGAGGUUUAUGACUCUCAAGUAUGGCAUGACAAUAACUCCUGUGAUUGGCAUACUGUCAAACAAGGAUGCAUUUACUCCCGUGCUAAAUCCAAAUGAAGUUGAAGAAUUAUUUGAUGUUCCAUUGGAGAUGUUCCUCAAGGAUGAGAAUAGGAGAGCUGUGGAAAAAGAAUGGAUGGGAAAGAAGCAUCUAGUACAUUUCUUUGAUUAUGAAGGUGAUAAUAAGAAAUAUGUGAUCUGGGCUGUAACUGCGGCGAUGUUAAUCAGGGCAGCUUCACUUAUAUACCAGCGGCCACCAGCAUUUUUGGAGUUGAGGCCUGGCAUAUGGGGAGGACUUACUGAAAAUGACAUGUUAAUAUUACAGCGUAGUUCUAAACAGUGAUAUAUUCAAUUUUUCGCUCCUAAGUUCGUAAUUUUAUGAUGCUUUUCUUUGCAGGCCGGCCACGAGUCUGUUAGUGAGAAAUAAAAGUUCAGUUUCAGACCUCUAGAUUCUAGAGCUGCUUAAAGAACAUGCUCAUUCUGUAUGUUUUAUAACGUCUCAUGUAUACAUGGUUUAUAGAAACUUACCACGGAAA